AGGGAUCAGCCAUUAUUGAUGGCGACCCUGGAGCAAUUAGGGUUAAGUGCCUUUCUCAAAGGCACAUCAGCAGAUUUCUCAGCUAGUUGUCUUGGGGAUUUGAACCAGCAACAUUUUUGGCUUGCCCAACACUCUUAACCGCUAGGCUACCUGCCGCCCGCAUAGCCUACAUCAAUAAGAAUUAGCUUAGCUCCAAUAUUUGAACCUGGGAAUUAGCCUCAGGUAGGUAAUGUGUUGCAUGACAGGAGUGACAGGUACACAGCAACAAGCAAACAAAGAUUUGUAUAAAUUCCUCUCAGGAGAGACGAUAUCCAGUCUAUGGAUCCUUACUCUACAGUCCAACAUCACAGCAGUGGUGGAGAAGCCAUCAGAACUUGCAUCGACAACAACCACAAGAAAGCCUCAAAAUGAAGAUUUUAUAUCUCAGUGUGUUAGCAACUUGUGCGUGGACGUCCGAGUCGCUCAUACGUAUUCCCCUCACAAAGUUUAAGUCCUUGAGGCAAUCUAUGUCUGACUCAGAGAGGGAUUUCAGUAAUCUAUUCCAUGAUUCCUACUCCGACACCUUUGACGACGAUGACGCCAGUGGGCCCAGCAAAGUGGUUCUGAGGAACUAUGUUGAUGCUCAGUUCUAUGGAGAGAUUAGUCUAGGAACCCCACCUCAAAUGUUCAGGGUGACCUUUGACACUGGAUCCAACGAUCUCUGGGUGCCCUCUUCCAAGUGCUCCGUCGCUGACAUCACAUGCUUGAUUCACAGGAAAUACAAUGAUACCAAGUCCAGCACAUAUGUCAAGGGUGGAAAAGACUUUUCAAUGCAUUAUGGACUGGGAAGUGUAACCGGGUAUCUCAGCCAGGAUACAUGCACAAUUGGAAGUGUAUCCGUAAAAGAUCAGGUGUUUGGUGAGGCCGUCAAGAUAUAUGGAGCGAACUUCGUUGGUGCUAGGUUCGAUGGAGUUCUGGGUAUGUCUUACCCAACGGAUGAUGCCAUGAGCCCUGUCUUUGACAACAUAAUGAGAGAGAAGUUGUUGGCGGAGAAUGUUUUCUCCUUCUACCUCAACCACAGGAUCUCCUCCAACCAGCCAGGGGGACAGCUAGUGCUGGGAGGGACUGACCCUGCAUACUACACUGGGGACUUCCACUAUGUCAACGUCACCACAAAGGACCUCUGGAACAUCCACAUGGACGGUUUGAACGUUGGGGAGGAUGUCAAGCUGUGUAAAGGUGGCUGUGAGGCCGUAGUGGACACUGGCACCUCCCUGAUCCUAGGUCCUUAUGAUGAGAUCAGUGCUCUGCAGAAGGCUGUCGGAGCUGUGUCCUGGAACCGUGGAAAGUACACGGUUGACUGUGAGAAAGUGUCCUCCCUCCCCACCGUCUCCUUCGCUGUCAGUGGAAAGGUCUACCCUCUGACUGGAGAACAUUAUAUUCUCAGGUGGACUAGUAAGGGCAAGAAAGUCUGCCUUUUAGGAUUUUUCGCCACAGGCUUCCCUGGCUGGACUCUGGGAGAUGUCUUCAUUGGAGCUUACUACACAGUCUUUGACCGGGACAACGAUAGGGUGGGAUUUGCCAAAGCAAUAUAAGGGAAAGAGAAAGGGGAUACCUAGUCAGUUGCACAACUGAAUACAUUCAACCGAAAUUUGUCUUCUGCAUCCGCGUUUAACCCAACCCCUCUAGAUAGCCCUGCCCAGUGAAAAUAAUGUUGAAAAAGAGAGUAAUGCUAAAACACUUAAAUUAGCUGCUGAGAUUUAUUGUGCUUUCAUAGAUUUAAAAUUCUUAUUUUAGAAUAACAAACUUUGUACAAUUAUAUUUGGCCUGAAAAUGAGGCAUGCAGACAAUUAACUUCUCUCACACUGGUAACAUUUGUAUCAUAAAUAAUUUUCACAGCAUUCAAAGUUUAGUUUGUUUUAUGAGUAAGUGGGUGCAUUUUCCUGUGUUAAUUUCCCAUUUAAACAUGACCUCUAUUUUACAUAUUUGUGUGUAAAGAGAUGAAUGAAUCAAAUAAAUACUUAACUCCCAGUUAUUUGGCCAUUGUGUGUGCGUGGUGUUCUUUCAGAGUAAUUGCAGCUGAUUGGGUGUAGUUAUGAUGUUGCACCAACAGCGAUGUUUAUCAGGAUUUGUUAUGGUUUUGCUGUUGCCAUGAGGAAAUGAAUGUGGUUUCCUUUGACCUUGAAUCACUUCAGCACAUCCCCAUCUAUAUGGACUCUCAUUAGCCCAGCGUGCCCUCUACAUGCUUUUCUUCCUGGGUACAUUUAUACAUGUGUAUUAUUAAACUUUGGAAUUCAGAUUUGGAAUUUGACAUUAGGUAUUAAGAUAAUAGUGAUAUUACUGAUAUAUGAAUGAGUGUUGGGUCAUUAGACACAACAUUGUUAUGGCAAUCCGACACAAUUACUGCAGUGACAAAUAACAUUUAAAAAAUGUAUUCAGUCCCUGCAAUGGGUUGGUUUGAGAAGUGGACUUGUUCUCCCCCUGCUGAUUUUGUACGUUUGCCCACUGACAAAGAAAUGUCUAUAAAGUCUAUAAUUUUAA